AUGUCGGCAGGAUUGAAAAGUAUCGCCUACUUUGUUAACUGGGCUAUCUACGGGCGCAACUACAACCCGCAAGAUCUCCCUGCCGGAAAAUUGACACACGUGCUGUAUUCCUUUGCCAACAUUCACCCAGAGACCGGAGAGGUGUACUUGACCGAUAGCUGGUCUGACGUCGAGAAGCACUAUGCGGGCGACUCGUGGAACGACACCGGCAACAACGUCUACGGUUGUAUCAAGCAGCUGUUCCUGCUCAAAAAGAAGCAUCGUCAAUUAAAGGUUCUGCUGUCGAUUGGUGGCUGGACAUAUUCUGCCAAUUUUGCUGGUCCGGCGAGCACACCUGCUGGCCGUGCCAGAUUUGCCGAAUCGGCCACUCGUUUGGUCCUUGACCUUGGAUUAGAUGGAAUCGACAUUGAUUGGGAGUAUCCGCAAGAUGAGACACAAGCACUCAAUCUGGUCGAGUUGCUGCGAGCGUGUCGUCAUAAUCUGGACACUGCCGCUGGUCCGCAUCGCAAGUUCUAUCUAUCCAUCGCCUGUCCUGCAGGCCCCAAUAACUUCAACAAACUCAAGUUGCACGAGAUGACCCCGCUACUGGAUUUCUACAACCUCAUGGCCUACGACUAUGCGGGCAGUUGGGACCGAGUCGCUGGUCACCAAGCCAAUCUCUACCCCUCGAGGUCGAAUCCAGCCUCGACCCCCUUUUCCACCAUUGCUGCUCUAGAUCACUAUAUCGGUGUGGGCGGCGUGCCUCCCAAUAAAAUGAUCCUGGGCAUGCCAUUGUAUGGACGAGCCUUUGAGGGAACCGAUGGUCCAGGAACACCAUAUAGCGGCGUCGGGCCGGGCAGCUGGGAGAACGGAGUCUGGGACUACAAGGCUCUGCCACGGCCAGGCGCCACCGAGCAUCUGGACACAGAAGCCGAUGCGUCGUGGAGCUAUGAUCCUGCUUCGCGGACCAUGGUCUCGUACGACACCGUCGUGAUGAGCGAGCGAAAGGCGGCCUUUGUAAAGUACCGACAGCUGGGGGGAGGAAUGUGGUGGGAGAGCAGCGGAGAUAAAGGUGGCAAGGACGCUAACCCGGCCCAGGGCAGUUUGAUCGGCACCUUUGUCGAUGGGAUUGGAGGGGUCACUGCACUCGACGGGAUCGAGAAUGCGCUGGAUUACCCGGAGAGCAAGUAUGAUAAUCUGCGGGCUGGGUUCCCGGGUCAGUAG